AUUUCGAUUUUUUUUUCCAUUUCUAUUGGUUUUUUUGUUGGCUUGUCAAGUGACAUGUUAAUGAUGAAUGAAUUUUACUGAGUGAAAUGUCCGUCACUCAGAGAAAAGUAACGUCUUCUUGGACCAGUUGGACAUGACAACGAGAAAGUGGCUUGAUUAACGUCUACAACAACAGCAUGUACAAUCAUUUCGAUUAAAUUUUUCAAAUAACCUUGAUAAUAUUUUGUUAAAUAAACAAAUAAUAUUUAUUAAUUUUGAUAUUAAUUUUUGUUCAAUAAAUAAUACUGUUUGAUAUUUAUUUUUGAUAUUUUUUAAAAAAUCAGAUCAUUAUUUGUUUAUUCAUUUUAUUGGUGAUACGUAUCAUUGGGUUAGACCCAGUUAAUAUUAAAUGAACACAUAUGUGAAAUCAAUAUGAUCAUCCAGGACAAGGACAUGAUACUUUAGUCACAUUUUUUUUUUUGUAAAAACAAAAAAUAUUCGUAAACAAAAAUAUUAUUUUGAUAUUUUUGGAAUAACCAAGAUAUUAGUGUGGCAAACCACUUCUAAUUAUUUUAUUUUUCUUUAUUUUUGUUAUCAGUAUACGCCUGCGUGGUAAAUCCUUGUUUGACGUUGAUUAAUUCACGAGUGGUUAUAUAAAUACACCGGGUUGAUACUUUGAUAUCAGUUAACAGUUUUAUAAAGUUAUACUGAUAGCCAAGAGAUACAUACUUGAGAAAUAUAACUUUUACUUUGUUAAAGUUAAUAAAAUAAUUUAUAAAUUUUAAACAUCAUUAUGACAAAACCAAAAGUUCUUGUUAAUAGCUGUGAUGCACCACAAGCUGGUCUUGAUCUUCUUCGUACCAAGUGUGAUUUAACUAUUCUUCCAGAUUGUAAUCCAACACGUCAACAAAUUUUAGAUGCUAUUCCAGGACACGAUGCUAUUUUUCUUGCUGUUCAUGAGACAAUUAACUCUGAAUUUCUCAAUGCUGCCGGAACAAGUCUCAAAGUAGUGUCAACAAUGUCAGCUGGAUAUGAUCAUCUUGAUGUACCUGAAAUAAAACGUAGAGGUAUUAAAGUUGGACAUACACCAGAUGUACUAAAUGCUGCAGUAUCAGAAAUUGCUGUGAUGCUUUUAUUAAAUGCUGCAAGACGUGCACAUGAAGGUCGAAAACUUCUUGAAGCUGGUCAAAUAAAUAAGAGUCCAUCAUGGUUAUUGGGUCACGAUUUACGUGGUUCAACUGUUGGAAUUGUUGGUCUUGGUGGUAUUGGACAAGCAACUGUUAAAAAAUUAAUACCAUUUGAAGUUAAAAAAUUUUUAUAUACUGGUCAUUCAAAGAAAAAAGCUGGUGAUGAUUUGGGUGCUGUAUUUGUAUCAUUAGAUCAAUUAUUAGAAGAAAGUGAUUUUAUUAUUGUAGCAACACCUUUGACAGCUGAAACACGUGGACUAUUUGAUGAUAGCAUGUUUAAUAAAAUGAAAAAAAAUGCUAUUUUUGUAAAUGUUGGUCGUGGUGGUGUUGUUAAAACUGAUGCUCUACUUAAAGCACUUAAAAAUGGAACAAUUUUUGCUGCUGGAUUAGAUGUUGUUGAUCCUGAACCUUUACCAAGAGAUCAUGAAUUAUUGAGCUUGCCUAAUUUUGAAAUUAUUCCACAUCUUGGAAGUGCAACUAUCAAAACACGAAAUGACAUGUCAACUGUUGCUGCAAAAAAUAUAUUAAAUGGUUUAGAUGGUCUUCCAUUAAUUUAUCCACUUUAAAAUAAAAUUAAAAAAAACUUUUCUGACCUCAAUCAUUCCAAAUGCUAUGAAUAUUUUUUUUUUAUAAUAUACAUAUUUAAUAUACCAUUAUAAUAAUAAAAAUAACUUAAAGCAUAAAAUUUAAAAAUUAUGAUUAUUUUUUUCAACUAUUUUUACAAUUGAGUAAAAAAUUUAUAUUAUUUGAUAAACAGCUUUGUUUUUGUUUUUUUUUUUAAUUUUUGGAACAAUUGUCUUUCCACAUAGUAUCAGCCUCAUUUUUAUGAUUACAAUAUUUAUUAUAGAUUUAAAAUAUGUUAAAUCACAUAAUGCUUUUGGGAUGUCGUGCGAUUUAAUUAACUUAUCACCGAUAAUAAACCACUGAUAAUCAUCAAGCUUCUACAACAGCAUUUUUAAGUUUACAAAGAAUAGGAUCAAUUCUAUCUUCAAGUGAUAAUAUAUGACCUGUAUUGCUUUCAAUUGAUGCUAUGAAACUGACAACAAGAGGCAAUUUAUUCAUCUGUACCACCUAGAAAUAAUUAAAUAUUAAAAUAUUUUAUCAUCAUCAAGUUAUUAAAUUAAUUAUAAUAAUUAUUACUUGAUAACCAGUGUACAUGCAAAUAAUUGUUUCAUUUUUUCCAAGGCCAAGUUUACUGCCUUGAUCAGUUGCCAUUCCAAAUGUUGAUAAAAAACUUGGUCUUGUUGCUACAUCUGGUACAUUGUCAUUCGAAACUGAUACAACUGGUACACCAUCUCUGUCUGUUAUCAAUAUACCAUGAAGAC